UCCUGACCUGAAUCCUCAUCUGUUCAGUCUAAAGACUCACUACAGCUGUGUGUAAAUCUCUUUUAUUAUGGCUUUAGUGGAAACACUUCUCCUGAAUGUCUCCAGCACAGGAGCUUUACUCGCUGCUCUUCUGCUGCUUUUGGUUAUUUAUUUCUGCUUCAGGUCUCCAGAAGAUGACCAAGAACCUCCAGGACCCAAACCACUGCCACUCGUGGGAAACCUGCACAUUCUGGACCUUAAACAACUUCAUGUGAGCCUCUGGAAUUUAUCCAAGAAAUAUGGGUCAGUGUUCAAAGUUCAUCUUGGACCCAAAAAGAUUGUGGUUUUGGCCGGAUACAAGACGGUUAAACAAGCACUGGUGAACCAGGCUGACGAAUUUGGGGAAAGAGACAUAACACCCAUAUUCCAAGACAUCAAUAACGUACAUGGAAUCAAGUUAACAAAUGGUGAUAGGUGGAAAACCCUGAGAAAAUUUGCUCUCUCAACUCUUCGAGACUUUGGGAUGGGAAAGAAACUGAGCGAAGAGAAAAUUAUUCAGGAGACGCGAUAUCUGCGGGAAGUUUUUGAGACCUUCCAAGGAAAUCCUUUUGAUACAACCCAGCCAGUACAUUAUGCCGUUUCUAACAUCAUCUCAGCUAUUGUUUUUGGAAAUCGGUUCGAAUAUGAGGACCCAAAGUUUAACAAAAUGGUUCACAAUGUAAACCAGUUAAUCCUCAAGUUGGGCUCUGCUUCCAUACAGGUGCAAUGUGUAACUUUUUACGAUCUCCUGAAGAAUGGACCCUUUUACAGCCCACGUGGUCAAAUAGCCUGCGCACGCAUUUUAGCAAUGGAGAUCUACAACGUGUUUCCAGUGCUUAGGCCGUUGCUGAAGACCUGGAGACUGCUUGUGGAAAGUGGGGAGAAAUACCAUGCUGAAAUACAGGUGGUGGUGGAUCGCUUGCGGGAGACUUUAAACCCUCUCGACUGCAGAGGAUUAGUUGAUGCCUUCCUCAUCCAAAAACAAAGCUCAGAGAAAUCUGGAGAAAAAAAUUCGCAAUUUAACGAUCUGAACCUGCUCAUGACUGUAUCCAACCUGCUUGCUGGCGGUACUAUCACCACCGGCACAACACUACGCUGGUGUUUACUGCUCAUGGCCAAAUAUCCUCACAUACAAGAUCGGGUUCAUGAGGAAAUUGACAGGGUGCUUGAUGGACGUGAACCAGUUACAGAGGACAGGAAGAAUUUACCUUACACAGACGCUGUGAUCCAUGAAAUCCAGAGACUGGCGAAUGUAUUGCCCAUGAGUCUGCCACAUCAAACCAGCUGUGAUGUGAACUUCAAUGGAUAUCUCAUCAAGAAGGGGACGUGUGUUCUUCCACUGCUGACGUCUGUUUUGAGAGAUGAGAGCGAGUGGGAGACGCCUGACACCUUUAACCCUGAACACUUCCUCAAUGAGGACGGUCAGCUGAUCAAACGUGACGCCUUCAUGCCCUACUCUGCAGGGCGCAGGAUUUGUUUAGGAGAGGGUUUGGCCAGGAUGGAGCUCUUUCUGUUCUUCACUUCUCUUCUUCAGUGUUUUCACUUCACUCCUCCACCUGGAGUCUCUGAAGAUGAAUUGGAUCUCACACCAGUUGUGGGUCUCGUUGUUCCCCCUUCACCACACAAACUGUGUGCAGUCAGUAGGGCAGAAAAACACAACCUCAAGUCAUAAAUAAAAUAGCAGAAUAACUAGUUCAGUAUAUACCUAAUGAUUGUAAAACAUAAAGACUCUUACAGUGGGUCCAGUGACUUCUUUUUCGAGUGCGAAGCUCAUCAAAACAUGUAUUUAGCCUGUCGUGUGUGGCUCAUCAUGUCAAAAUAUGUGUUCAUGUGUCAUGUGAAUCUAUGUGCAUCAUGUGAAAAUACCAGCUUGCUGCAGACACUUCGAAGGGGUUUAUGAUAAAAGAGACGCUCACGUUUGCCAGAUAUGCAUUACAUUUCAUGUGUAAUCAGAGUUUAGUGUUAAGUUAGUGUCUUGCAAGUAUUUUGUAAACAUAAGUGUCUCUUUCUCAUAAACCCUUUCGAAGUUUGUGCAGCAGGGACGUAUUUUGACAAGAAGCACAAUGCACAUAAUUUCAAAUUGCACCAAUCGGAAGAGAAGUCACCGGCUACCACUGGACACUUGUAUCCCAUUAUAAGACUCUUAGACUAUUAUAUUAUCUCAUUAGCUUUUACAUUAUACAUGUACAUUCUGUGCCUAAACAUAUUCAAUUUCUUUUUUUUUUUUUUGGAGUAAAAAUAUAUAUGCUGUGAAAAUAUAUGUAGAUCAUGUAUGCAUUUGACAGAUACUUGUAUGCAAACUGACUUACAGGGCAUUUAAAGGAACAGUAUGUAGGAUUGUGGCCAAAACUGGUACUGCAAUCCCACAGCUGGUGGCCAAUACACAAAAUGACAACAUAAACAUCAGUUGAGGGCUGCAACUCCACUUUUUACAUGACAGUAUCCUAGCCAUAACACUGUUGUCAGUGAUAUAAGUAUUUGAAAUAAAAAGGAUAUCUUAAUGUCUAGUGACAUAUCAGGACCAUUUUAUUAUUAAUUGAUAUAAAUUUCUUACAUACUGUUCCUUUAAGCUAUACAUUAAUCCGUAUUUGUGUUCAAUGGAAAUCAAGCCCAUGACCUUCUCGCUGUUAACGCAAUGAUCUAGCAGUUGAGCACAGGAACAUGAUAUUUCUGCAAUGAUGAAAUAAAAUACUCUUCUAGAGAAAAUCAAAUCAGCUUCAUGUGUAUUUUGAUAAGAAGACUGCAAAUUAGUCACGGCUUUUGCUCAUUUCACUACUUUUUCUUUAUUGUGUGUAUAUAAAAUAAAUCAAACAUCUUUCACAG